UUGCAUCACAUGUUCUCCAUUUUUACAUUGAUCAUAUGACUGAUAAAAAAUAUUAACCAUACGUCAUUUUAAUAACUAUAUAAACUAUUAACUAUUGUCAUUGUUAUUUAUUAAAAGUGCCAUAAAUUUAUAUAAUUAAAAUAUACAUAAAAAAUGCCUCCAGCAAGCAAACAAAAAGGAAAAAAACGUAAACAAUCUCGCAACAAUAAUUAUGUAAACAAAAGAACAAAAAAAAGUCAUAAAUCUUCAGUUAAAAAUAUCACAUCAGCUGCAUCAGGAAGUAGUAAAGAAAAUAUAAUAAAACAAAAUAUUCCAACUGUAGAACAAGAAGACUUACCUGAAAUUGAAGACAUUGAAAUAAUAACUCGACAAGCAUCACCAGUUAAUUUACCUCUAGAUGAAAAUAAUCAACUGCUAACAUUUGUCAAUGCCAAUGAAAGAUUACAACAAUAUCCAGAUGUUGUAGAAAACAUUGAACUAGCAAGAUUGUUUGAUAAGAUUCGUUAUUCUGAAGAAGCAACAUCAGCACUUCCAAAUCGUUCAUGGGCAAUUCAUUGUGCAGAUGUGCCAGCAAAACGUAUUGUUGUCAGUGAAAUGAUCAUUGAACAUUCACCUGAAAGAGGUGUUGAACCUUUUUAUCCAAAACAGAUUGUCAUUGAUGAUAAACUCAAUUAUGAAUUAUUUCUACAAACAACACGUACUGUUUUGAAGAAUAAAUCAUCAUCAAUACGAAGUAUGACUGAUUUUGAAUCAUUGCUGGAUCAUGUUAGUAGUUUAAAAUUAUGCUCAGGUGGUCCAAAUGUUAUUCAAUAUAAUAAUAUUAAUCCAGAGUGUGCAUAUAAAGAUUCUAAAAAUAAAUGGCGUCAUAAUUUAUGUACACUUGAGUUGAAUAAGGAUGAUGAUGAUGUUGAUGUUGAUAAUAACAACAUGAACAACACAUGUGAUGCUUGUUUAUCAUUGGAGGAUAUACUUAAACGACAUGUUCAACGACUAAAGCCAUCAUUGAAACAACGAAAUAAUUUGUUACGUAAACGACCAGGACAGUCAAGAGGUUCUUGAAGAAAUGAUAAUAUUUUAUAAAAUAUUAUUGUGAUGAUAUAUUUUCACUGAUAAAAGUUGGUUAUUCAUUUUGAAAUUUAUUAUAAUUAAUGACGUUUAUUAUAUUAUUUUGUUUUAGUUGAUGGGAAUUUAUUUUCUCACAUUUAUUAUUUUGUUUUGUUGUGAUUUUUUUUUUUUUUUUUUUGAAAAUAAGUUGAUCAUAUUCUUCCAGUUUAUAUCUGUAAAAUAUUUGUCAAAUGAAUAUUUAAUUUUUACGACAAUUGUAUGAUAAAAAAAUAUAAAAAAAAAAAAAAAUUAAAAUAAAUUUUUUGAAUAAUUUUUUUUUACUAAAUUAAAAAUGAUUUUUGGCUUAGAUACUUUUAUUAAUUUAAAGGGAUAUUUUGUUUAUCAAAACAAUAUUACAAAAUGUUGAAAAAAUUCAUAAUAUUUUUUAUUAUUAAAUUUUAAAAUUUAGCUUUUGAAAUUUAAUAUACAUUUGUAUUGAUUAUGAAUUUUUUAUUAUUGUAAAAAAAUAAUUUUUUUAUUCUAAAGAAUUUGGAAAACAACAAGAUAACAAGUAGUUAAUAUUUUAUAUAGUUAAACAGGAAGGUAAAAUGGAAUUUUUAUGAUUGUAGAUAUUCUAAACUCGUAAAACAUUGACAAAGUAUAAUUUCAAAAAAAAAAUUGAAAUAAAAAAUGUAAUUUUAGAUUAAAAAUUAUUGUCAUGUUGCUUUGUUAAAGUUUAUCGGUAUAAAUUGCAAAAAAUAUAUUUCCCAGUAUGUGUUGAAAAUGAUUUCAAUGUUGAAAAUUUGUUCAAGGUUUGUCGUGAGUUGAAACAAAUAAAACAAACGAUCGAAAAAUAUUUUAGAUAUGAGCCACAAAAUAAUAAAUGUUUAUUUCAAAUUAUUACAUUCAAAUAAAUUAUUGUACAAUUAAAUAUAACAAAUUCAACAACAAA